UGUACUCACCACAUUGCUCUGAUAGAUGCAAUAUCUCCUACGCUGAACUCAAGCACCACUUCAUUUUAGCUCCAUACAGGAAAAUGGCAUCAAUCCAAUGUGAGAAGAAGGAUGUGGAACUCAGUUUGGAGGAGAAAGCAAGUUUAGAUGAGCUCACCAAGCAAGCUGAGCACUCGCUGAACUCUCAGGAACUACUAGCAGGUGCUUUGAAGAAUCAAACAACGGGGCCCCUGAGUAUUAUUGCUAGCAAGAUAUUUGCAGGACAGGUUGUCAGAAACUUCCCCAACCCUCUUUGCAAUUUGGAUGGUUUCGCCAUGUCAGGCACGUUCGUCAAAGGUGUCAAGGCUGCUGUGGUGUAUUCCGCCAAAAACAAAGCUGGUGUAGAAUGUGGAUGGCUCCUUGCCUUUUCCGACACCAUAAAUUCUGCUGGAGGGAGGGUAUUUGUGGAAUGUGGCCAUAAAGGUAAAUUUAGCAACAUCAAUUGGGCACAAGUUGAGCAGAAACUGGAGAAAUCCGGAGCCAUUGCUAAGGCAUAUGACAUAGAGACUGGAACAUCACUCUAUGCUGGCAUUUGUGGACCUACCGGAAAAUCUGCUGUUGCUGCAGGAUUCCUUGUUUAACUGAGUUUGAGCAAGGAUGUACUAGAUUUGGUGGACUAUUAAAUAUUGUAAUAAUCUCGCAACUGUGUUGCCUGUAGCAAUCAUGUGUGAUAUGCUACAUACUACAUUUUAUUUUCAUGUUUAUCUUUUUUGUUUGCACUUUGUAAUAAUAAGGGCCGGGUACACCUUAGGGUGCAGAGGCCAGAAGGGCUGCUCUUCAAUAUAUAAUAUCAAGAUCCACCAGAUCAUUAUCUAUUAUAAA